AUGGCCCGAUUCGGUCGGGUCAAGAAGACGCUAAAGCCAGAAGCCGAGAAUGCUAACUCGGAUGCUCUUGCGUCCCCUACGUCAGAUCCCCCUCCGCGCUCCCCUCGUGUCAGUCUCCCCCAUGUGGAAACGCAAUUGAAUAUGCAUCGCUACAAUGGCCUGUUCGAACCGGAUUCGCCGGAGCGCCAGAAAGAACCCGCACUCAUGGAGUCCGCUACGGAUUCCGCCACUCUGCAUUCCUCGAUCCAUUCCAACGGGUCCCCGAACCCUACGAACGGCGAUUCAUCGGCGACGGAAUGGUCGGCCGUCGGCCACGCGGCGACGGGCAAGUCCGGCCGCGUCAUACACAAUUUGCAGGAGGAUAUUGCCCGUCUGACUCGCGAAUGCAGUCUCUAUCGCUCCCGCGCGGAAGAGACGCAGCGCAUGAACGAUGCCUUCAAGACCCAGGUCGAGAACAUGGCGGAGCGUCUCCGGAACCUUGAAACGGCCAACGAAAUGAACCUCCAUUCAAUCACCCGCAAGGACAACAAGAUCGAGGAACUCCGCGCCGAGGCACAAAGUGAAAAAGAUAGAAGGCGUCGGUUAGAAGAGCAGACGAACAAGGCCCAGCAAUUGAUGGACGAGGCCCGCGACGAUUUCAAUCGGAAAUGUGCGGAACUGCAAGAGGUUGCCAAUCAUUCUCGCACUCAGUACGACGUGCUUGCUAAGGCUGGACAACGCGAGAGAGCCGAACAGCAGAGGAAAUUCAAAUCCAUCAGGGACGACUUCAUCGCUCUGAAGGGUCGGCACGAAGAGAAGAACCUGCAGCUUGAGCGAUUGGACACGGUCAUGGCCCAGAAAAACCGGGAGAUCGAGGUCAGCAGAGAAAACUUUGAUCGACUAUAUGAAGACUAUGAGGCAUACAAGAAAGCCCAAGACGACGAAGUGAGAACCCUCAUCGAGAAGGGACGUCAGGGGGAUGCCAAGCUCGACGCUGCCUUAGCGUCGUUGAAGGAAACCGAGGGGCAAAUGAAAUGGGUCAUCCAGGUCAAAAAAGAAGUCAAAGAUGCCGAAUAG